AUGUUGCCCCGUGGCUGCUGGCUGGGUGGCCAGCUGAUGAGUUCUAUGGUGGUUCGGAAGCCUGCUCACGAGUUCCUGGACGAGCUAGAAGUGCCUUAUGAUGACAAGGGCGACUAUGUGGUGGUGAAGCAUGCCGCACUCUUCACGUCCUCCGUGCUUCGCAAGACGUUGAUUGCACCCAAUGUCAAGCUGUUCAACGCUGUGGCAGUGGAGGAUUUGCUUGUGAAACAGGAGGGUGACAAGGUGGGAGUGCGGGGCGUCGUCACAAAUUGGUCCCUGGUCACCCAGAACCAUGACACCCAAUCCUGCAUGGACCCACAAGUCAUGGAGGCCAAGGUGGUCGUGACCGCAACUGGGCACGACGGGUCCAUGGGGGCCAGUUCUGCCAAGCGUCUUGAAUCGCUUGGCGCGCUUCCAGCCGGACUACCAGGAAUGGGUACCUUGGACAUGAACACUGCGCAAGAUGCAGUGGUGCAGAUGACCAGUGAAGUGGUACCUGGGCUGAUUUUUGCAGGCAUGGAAGUUUCAGAGGCCCGCGGGUGCAACAGGAUGGGCCCCACGUUCGGCGCCAUGCUUUUGUCAGGCCAGAAAGCCGCAAAUCUGGCGGUGCAGAUUCUGAACCGUCAAGGCUAA